ACUCUCCUCAGCUAGCUCGAGUGGGGUGCGGUGUGCGCAGGAUCAUGAGAAAGACUGAUUGAAUUCGGACGUGUUUUUCUGUUAAAUCCAAUAAUGGAUUUCUCUCUAUUUUGCUUAUCUAUCUUUUUAUUUUUUAACUUUCCCACAUUACAUGCUUUGCCACCAAAUAUCGUGUUGAUACUGGCUGACGACUAUGGAUUCCAUGAUAUAGGUUAUCACAAUAACGGCUUCAUAAAAACACCGAAUUUGGACGGCCUCGCCAGCGCCGGAGUGAAGCUCGAGAAUUACUACGUGCAACCGAUAUGUACUCCGACGAGAAGUCAACUUAUGAGCGGCAAAUAUCAGAUACAUACUGGUCUUCAACAUGGCGUUAUCAAGCCUGCUCAGCCCAACUGUCUCCCUCUCAACGAUCCUACAUUGGCGGACAAACUGAGCGAUGCAGGUUACGAGACUCACGUCAUUGGGAAGUGGCACCUCGGCUUUUACAAGAGAGCAUGCUGGCCGACUAAUCGAGGAUUCAAAUCAUUCUUCGGUUACUUGAAUGGUGGCGAAGAUUAUUACACACACAGCCUUGCAUUACAAUUCUUCUCCCAACACUGGCAUGGCCUUGACUUCCGUGACAACCUCGAACCUACAACAAACUACAGUGGUGACUACUCGACUCAUGUCUUUGCACAACGUGCACAGCAGGUUAUAGAGCAGCACGACACACAGAAGCCCCUGUUUUUGUACCUGCCUUUCCAAGCUGUCCAUUCUCCUUUGGAAGUCCCAGAGAAAUACAUAGAGCCAUAUGAAUCCAUCGCAGACAAAAAUCGUAGGAUCUACGCUGGUAUGACAACGUGCAUGGACGAAGCUGUUGGAAACAUCACUGGAAGUCUGAAGAAAGCAGGCCUCUGGAAUAACACUGUUCUCAUUUUCUCCACUGAUAAUGGUGGUCAGGUUAUUGCAGGGGGAAACAACUGGCCCCUACGAGGCUGGAAGGGAUCACUCUGGGAAGGAGGAAUACAUGGUGUAGGCUUUGUAUCCAGCCCCUUACUGCCUGAUGACGUCCAGGGCACUAUCAACAGAGAACUCAUUCAUGUUAGUGACUGGUACCCAACUCUAGUUGAGGGUAUCGCUGGCUGGACCCUGAAAGGAGCCAAGCUGGAUGGAUACAAUGUCUGGCAAACAAUCAGCCAGGGGAUUUCUUCACCAAGAAAAGAGCUCCUUCAUAACAUCGAUCCACUGGGAGCACCGUCCCCACCCAAACCGCCCCUGGAACCCCCUAUACCCAGUUGUAACUUCACAUUUCCUUCCAAGUUCAAUGUUUCGACGAGAGCAGCCAUACGAUUCAAGGACUGGAAGCUGAUCACUGGCAACCCGGGGCCAGGGCACUGGAUUCCGCCUCCUGAAUCUGGACUGCAACCUGUGAAACCAGUCGUACCUGAAGGGAAAUGCGUGUGGCUCUUCAACAUCAAGGACGACCCUUACGAGGUGUAUGACCUCUCCGACGAGCAAGGGGACGUUGUGAGGGACCUUCUAGACAAACUUUAUGAAUACCAGGAAGGUGCAGUCCCUGUGCACUACCCGGAUCAAGACCCACGGGCAGACCCAGCUCUUCACAACAACAUAUGGGAUAGCUGGGAAUAGAAUGGCACUGCAAUGGCGUAGUCAGCGAAAUUGAACCAAAUUUGGGUAAGUAGUGUAGACAUGCUGAGGCUGUCUGGCAUUUUAAUUCUUAAAGCGUGCACAAAAAUGGAAAGAAGAAGGAAGGCAUGAUUAAUUAAGGGAAUGUAAUAGUUAAAAUGAAAAAAAAAUGCACAGAAAAUGCAUGAUUGAUAGUCAGAAGAUUAGCUGUAUGUAUUCCACUUUAGAAUGUCUGAAACCAAUCAACUUUUCAAUAUACAGGUAUUGAUAUUUUCAUAUUAUGCUUAUUGCCCUUUAUUUGGACCAAGCAGACUGGCUGUCAUAAGAUUAUUGUAAACAUGGUAUGAGUUGAGCCUCUGCUUUAAGAACUUCUCUAAAUUAGUCAGCAAAAGCUAAAAGCAUAGAAUUUGGGUCUGGUGUAUUUUUAUGUUAUACCAAGUAUCUUUUUGAAAAUGCGUUACGUUAUGGAUAUUUUCAUAUUGUCCCUAGUUAGUAGUCUAUUUGGGCCAAAUUUAUCAUAUGUAGGAAAUAUGCUGAUGAUUGACAUAUGGUUGGUUAGUCAUGAUAUUGCAUCGGCAUCAGGGUCAUGAUAGACACAUUUUGUAUUGUGAAACAGAGGUUGCUUUUGUAUGUUACUUCUUUUCAGGGUAGAAUAGUUAAAGAUGUUUAUUUUCUGUAGUGCGAGUCCAAUAGUUCUUAUCCGGUAGGAUGCGAAAGUUAUUGUACGUUUGAUUUUGCCAGCGCCAUUUUGAGGCUGCGAUGAAUGUAAGGAAUGCUCCCAGGGAGUGGAAAUUGUGCUCUUUGUGCGAGAUUGAAAUGAAUCCAAUGACCAGGGUAAUAAUCUGCUGUAAAGCGCUUUGAGCCGUUAUGGGAAAAGCGCUGUGUCAAAACUAGCUAUUAUCAAGAGAUAAGUCUGAUUUCAGAUCGGCUUAGAUAGAUAUCUUGAUAAAGCUCUUUCUCAAACCAUUUUUAUACAUUUCUGUUCUUCAUCUGUCCAACUCAACCUAGACAUGCCACGUACAUCAUAAAUUGACUAUUCCGUCUUCCACAAAAUUACAACCAAAAAUAAAUUUAUCAUUCAUAUUGCUGACUUCCUCUUUCACUUCACCAUGUUUUGUUGACGUAAUGAGUACAUUGGAUUUUAUGAGUUUCUCCUUGUGAUUUCAAGAGAUUUUUUUCAUGCCUUCGGUAUUUCAUACUUUUAGUGCCUUUUUCUUAAAAUCAAUAAAAUACAUGUGACCUUGAAUGGUACAUAUUCUUGUGCAUAUUGUGCAUGUGAAAUAUUAUCGAUUUUCUCUGGUGUUUUUAUAAGGUAAAAGAGAAUUUCCUACAAUAUACCAGAUAAGAUGUUGACACAGGUUCAAAGUCUGAUUACCAAGAUUUUCUUACUCUUGAAAAUAAACUUCAUCGAAGAUCAACUUUAUCAGUUGGAAAUAUAAAUGAUUGGGAAUGUGAUUUAGCAUCCAAGAUAAUAUACCUUUCAUAGCGUCGCAUGUAACUUCAUGAACAACUUGAUGCUAAGACCACCAGGGGGCCGUUUCAUAAAGCUGUUCGUAAGUUAAGAGCGACUUUACGAACGACUGGUGAACCCAUCUUACGCGCUAAACCAUCGCCAAUUCAAUAUACCAUCUACCACAAGAAAGGAUUACCAGUCGUUCUUAAAGUCGUUCUUAACUUACAAACAGCUUUAUGAAACAGCCACCAGGUAUGAUCAAUGACAGACCUGUCUACCCUAAAUUUCAUGGAUCUGUAUUAAGGCUGACUAAAAUAGAAUGCUGUCAUUUCUACAUUAAACACAAAUAUCCUAAAUUUCCAUCAGAAAUUUACUUUUAAGUUACUUUCACACUUAUUUGUUGAUCAUCAUUGAGGACUUCUUUGGAAUCAUUUUUCAGGUUCUUAAUCAAAUUUAAAUCAGACCCACAGGGAUCCCACAGGGCUAUGUUGUGUAGCCCAUGCUAUUUUAGUAACUCUUCUGAUAACAAUGACCAAUGACAGUGUACAUGAAUACCAAUGAAUUUGAAAUAAAAUUUGAUGAUUGUGACUAACAUUUCUUCAGUAUCAAAUCUUGUUUAAUGAUAUUGCAGUACAUACUACAUGGUAUUUGAGGGUAUACUUAUUUACUUGUACUUUUAUACUAUUAAUUAGAAUUAUUAUAGUGUGUUUCCAUAAUUCCAUAAUGAUAAAUGUCAAAAUAUGAACAAAACCUUGUUGAUGUACAUGUACAUAUAAUUUGUAUAUUGUGCAUAUCUCUAUGGUUUAUACAUUUGUGUAUUCUAGAAAUGGUGAAUAUAGGGGGAGGGGGACUAUAAACAUCAAUAGCAAUAUUACUAUUUUACCAAAGUACACUCAUGUAAAUGUAUGUACAUCAAUACAUUUGUUAGACCCUGAAGUAAUGAUGCAUUGCAUAUAAUAUGCGAUAAUAAACUAUUCUAAAUUUUUACUCUUUAUAUGAACUUCCACCGAAUGCCGCUCUGCAGUUGUAAGAUUUGAAUAAUGUAAAUUAUAGAGUACCGAAAUGUGACGUCAUCGAUUUUUACUUUUUGCAUUACAGCGCUUUUUAUACCAUAUUUUGGUAGAGCAUGAUGACAAGCCCCCUACAAUUCAAAUUUGGUGAGAAACGGUCCAUGGGGCCCCAAGAUAUGACCUCAUGAAUAAAUAAUUAGCCCCUUUGAAGUCAAUGUAGGCCUACAUGUAUUAUUGGUCUGGUUCUUAAAGUUAGGAACCAGGCCAAUAACACAUUGACUUCACUGGGGCUAAUUAUGUAUUCAUGAGGUCAUAUCUCAGGCCCCCAUAGACCGAUUCUCACCAAACUUUGGUAGUGGGGGUUUUUCAUCGUGCUCUACCAAAAUAUGGUAUAAAAAAAUGCUGAAAUGCAAAAAAGUUUUUUGUGACGUCAUCACUUCGGUACUCUGUAGUAUUGGUUCAACAUCCUUAUUUUACAAAAGGUUUUGGAUCAUGAUAUCCUUUUCCAUUUAAUGAUUACUGUGUUAUUCAAAUUUCAGCUACAGGAAUAUUUGUACAUGUGUCUCGGUAAUGUUAUUAGUUACUGUAUCCUGUAGAUAUCAACUUUGUUUUCCAAAUUUUUAUGACAUUCCUUUACUAGCAAAUUGACACAAAAGAAAUUGUCUGAAUCUGUCUUCCUGACUUUCAAUUCUAAUCUAGGUUUUGGUAUAUUGUCUCCUGUUGUAAAACUUUGCAAAUGUUUGCUUAAUUUUGUUUUAUUCUGCAUUUCAAAAAAUACACAAAACAGCCAGUAUAUAACAUAAACAGCGGAAAGUGUCUGAAAAAAAUCUGUAUAAAUUAUCCAUAUCCGAGUCAUGUAUAAAAGGAUUUUGCAAGGUAGACCUUUAAGACUGAAAAGACUUACAUGUCUUUUUUUAAGCAAGGCUGAAAAAACAAGGUAUUUAAAAAAAGGUUAAUUUGAAGAUGUUAGAUGCAUCUAUAAAACAACUUGUUUUAUGAUGCAAUAUUUCAGUACAUCUAGCAAUAAAUCCAAACUUUGGAUAUAAAUAAUCUGUACAGCUUACAGGCUUUGAGGUUCUUCAGAAGGAACAAAAUAGUAGACAAAGUGAGGUAAAUAUAGAUGCAAUAUUCUUAGAAGUGCUUUCAUAUGAAUACUUCAUGUCUAUUCAUAUGACAUUGAAGUUAUAUGUUUUUUUAUGCCUAGAGUUUUAUUAAUAAAUUGUCAGUACUAGUAGGCUGAAUGAACAACUAUUUGAUGCAAUAUAAUUUUCAUAUCUGAAGUGGUUUUAUAUGAAACCAUACACCAUCAUGCCUUCUCAUUACAUAAUUUUUUUAAAUAAAAAUUAAGAUCUGCAAAAACCUGCUGA